AUGGAUGUCUAUGGGAAUCCACUCCAAUAUUUCAGCCAUGGUGGCUGCUUCUAUUACCCUCAUUCACAAUACCAGCCGGUCUACAUCCCCCAGAUCGCUCUCAAGGCCCAUGCUACCGUGUUAUCAUCGGCAGCCCGCACGACUCUGUCACAGACGUUCGUCAACUCGUCUGACAAGAAGAUCAAGGAAGUUUCUUACAACUUCCCACUAUACGAUGGCGUCAGUGUUGUUGGCUUUGACUGCAAGAUUGGGGACCGCGUUCUGCACAGCAGUGUCAAGACCAAGUCUCAAGCUAACGAGCUAUACGAGGCUGAAGUGGCCCAGGACCGAGUGGCUGCUGUCAUGCAUCACACUUCGCAGAACGACGUGUUUCUAAUUCGUCUUGGGAACGUCCCUGCCCACGAAAAAGUCAACGUCAAUCUGACUUUCGUGGGUGAGCUGAAACAAGACUCUCAAACGGACGGCAUUCGUUAUACCCUUCCAUCUGCCAUUGCCCCUCGCUAUGGAACGCAACAAGGCGCAUUUCCUACCACAGCAUCAUCUCUUCCUCUGCACAAUGAUGAAGACUUUCAAGCAACCUCAGUUACAGUUGAUGUUGUAAUGGACGAACACUCAGUAAUCACCGAGCUAGAAUCGCCCAGCCAUCGAAUCAAGGUCUCGCUGGGACGGACUUCUACUGCACUAGCAGAAAACGCUGCCUUCGAUCCCUGUCAAGCAUCUGCGGCUAUCAAACCCCGUGGAGGCCCGAGUGAAACAUUCCUGGGGACGGACUUCGUGCUUCUGAUUAAAGUGGAUGGACUCGACCAACCCUGUGCACUGGUUGAGACACAUCCUACUAUCUCCAACCAACGAGCACUAAUGACAACUCUCGUGCCGAAGUUUGGACUACCUACUGCACACAAAAAUGAGAUAGUGUUCGUCAUUGACAGAAGCGGGAGCAUGGGUAAAAAAAUCCCGACCCUGAUCUCUGCCCUGAAAGUGUUUUUGAAAUCUUUGCCAGUCGGAGUAUGUUUCAAUAUUUGCUCAUUUGGAUCCAAGUACUUUUUUCUGUGGCCCAGCAGCAAGAUUUACGACGCUUCCAGCCUGAAGCAGGCGAUUUCAUUUGUCGAAAAAAUCGGAGCCGAUAUGGGUGGCACGGAGAUGGAACAGGCAGUUGUCGCCACAGUCGCACAUCGCUUGAAGCAAUUGGACCUAGAGGUAUUGCUACUCACUGAUGGAGAGAUCUUCCAACAGGAUUCCCUGUUCAACUUCGUUCGCGGAGAGGCAAUCAAGGGCGAUGUUCGGUUUUUCACACUCGGUAUUGGCGACAAUGUCUCUCAUUCCUUGAUCGAAGGAAUAGCAAGAGCUGGAAAUGGGUUCUGCCAAACAGUCCUGGAGCAUGAGGGGCUUGACCGCAAGGUGAUCCGCAUGCUGAAGGGCGCAUUGACCCCGCACAUAAGCGACUACAAAUUGGAGAUCAAGUAUGAUGGCGAGCCUGAUGGCGGGUUCGAACAUGUGAGCGCAGAAAAUGAGGAUUUGACUUCUGAGACAGAGCACGCCUAUGACGGCGACUCCAUCAUGGAGGAACCAACAUGCACUUCACAACAGCCAAUCUCACUGUUCGACGAGAACUUUGAAGACCGCGAGAUGGAUGUUGACACGAACAAGAAAGCAACAAGUGUCGAGCUUCCCACUCUCAACCCACCACAGACGAUUCAAGCUCCAUACAAGAUACCCACUUUGUACCCGUUCAUCAGGACCAACGUUUAUCUGCUGAUGGAUCCCCAAACCUCUGGAAAAACCCCAACAUCCGUAAUUCUCAGCGCCACGUCGCCACAAGGCCCUCUGACUCUAAGAGUGCCAGUCUGUGACAUUGGCCUUGGAAAGACCAUCCAUCAGCUCGCCUCGCGCAAGGUUAUUAUGGAACUUGAACAAGAGUCUGGCUGGCUCUCUGAUGCCAGAGAUAACCAAGGAAAUGCAUUCAAGAACCUUCAUAUGGCCACUCAGCAACGACUCGCAGAACGCGAAUGCCAAAGCCUUGGAAUCAAAUUCGGGAUCACCGGAAAGUACAGCUCAUUUGUGGCGGUCGAAGAAUCAACUCAAUUGGGAAAAAGUGGCAAGAACAAGUCCCCGAGGGAAUACCCCGUCGAGUGUGAGUCUGCAAGUUCUUUCAAUGCUGGCCAUCGUCACAACAGCAGAUAUCAACCCCAAGCUCGUCAUCAUCAGUUCAUGUCCCUCGUGUCGAAGACCGGGGGAGUUAGCAGAGGAGGUAGCAGAGGAGGUUUCAGGGGAGGUUUCAGGGGAGGUAGCAGGGGCGGAGGUAGGGGCGGAGGUAGGGGAGGUAUAGACUUGACAACUUUGCGCGAGAUGGCUGCCAUAACAGCUCAUCCUGUGCAUCCUCAAUUUAUGCAACAGCAGUUUCAGCCGCCUCAACAACAGCAACAAUUCGUCAGGACCGCACAAAGUCAGCCUGCACUUGCCGCGCCCAUCGCGCAUGCAGCGAUGUAUGUGCAUGUUGACAGCAAUUCAACGGAGGUCUACCAGAUUAUUGACCAGCAAAGCUACGAGGGAAGCUGGAUUAUGCCUGACAAGUUGUUUGAGCUGAUGCACUGCGAUAGGAAGAAAACCACCGAGGAUGUGGCUGAAUUGUAUGCCAGGUCAUUUGGCAUGGUUCCCGAUGACUUUCCUCGCGAUGACCAAGCCACCAUUGUUGCGACCCUGCUGAUGAUGGGAUACCUGGAGAAUAACCACAAGGAUACAAAAAGCAGCUGGGAGCUUGUUUAUGCUAAGGCUGCUCAGUGGGUGGCAUGCAAGUUUGAUGAGACGAAGGGCACACUUUCGGGCAGGGUUCUUUGCUCAAUUCAACAUCAGAUUUGCGAUCUUAUGAGAGAGGGAUCAGAAUCGCCAUCUGAGAACUCCCCCUUUGCUUUCAAGUGUCGAUGA